GUCACAGGCACAGCAGCUCACUUAGCUGGCCAAUUUUAUUUUUUUUGGUACGAUUCUUAUUAUUAUUUUCUUUUCUUUUAUUUUUUCUCCCACGGGUUCUCUGAAACGAGAAGCUCGAAUAGAGAAUUCGGGAUGGUACUCUGAGAUUCUAUCUAUUUUCUCGCUAAUAAAACUCAUUUCCUAACCGAUUUUCUCGGGAAAAAGAUCCCGUUUCCCGUGGAAAACCGUGGUUGAUGCAAAGGGAUUAGCUCCUAAGUCAAUCCAGAUUCUUCAACUGCUUGGAUUUUUGCUUCUGGGUAUUGCCCUUACUGUUCAGAGCUCGGAGAGGAAGAACAGAGGAUUCAUUUUUCAAGAGAAAGUUGGGAAAUUUUCUUUCGGUUUCCCGGGAAACAGAGAGAAGGAAAGGGGGAAAAGGAAGAAUUUUUCCUACGGUUUCUGGAUCGAAGGAGGUCUUCUGAUCUUUCAGGGCACACGUGGCGAACUGGGUUUGAAUCGUUUUUGUCCUUGCUUUUGUUUAGACAGAGAGACCUUGGAACAUCAACACUCUGUUCUCCAAUUGCUAUGUCUGAUUUCUGAUUCAGAUCCCUCAGAAGAUCUACAGAUCAACAAGGAAAUAAAAUUUUUUGCUGUUUUUCUCUCCCUUAAGAGCUAAAGAAGAUGCUCAAGAUGAGGACUAAACCCACGACGCUUCCUCCGGCGUUGACCCACGGCGGCGGCGGAGGAGAUUCCGUCGGGCACGAGUGGGAAAUGAGGCCAGGAGGUAUGUUGGUACAGAAACGGAAGCCGGAUUCCGACCAGGCCGGAGCUCCGCGGCCGACUAUCAGGGUACGGAUCAAGUACGGUUCGGUGUACCAUGAGAUCAAUAUAAGCCCUCAAGCUACAUUUGGGGAAUUGAAGAAGAUGUUGAGUGGACCGACGGGGUUACACCACCAGGAUCAGAAAAUAUUGUACAAAGACAAGGAGAUGGAUUCGAAGGCCUUUCUCGAUAUUGCAGGGAUUAAGAACAAGUCCAAAAUGGUACUGAUCGAGGAUCCGAUUAGCCACGAGAAGCGUUUGCUGGAUACGAGGAGGAAGGCGAAGAGCGAGAAGGCUUCGAAAGCUGUAUCAAGUAUCGGCCUGGAGCUCGACAGGCUCGCUGGCCGGGUUUCGGCUCUGGAGACAGUGAUUGGGAAAGGAGGGAGGGUUGUGGAGAAAGACUUGGUGAAUCUGAUCGAAUUGCUGAUGAACGAGCUGCUCAAGUUGGAGGGUAUCGUGGCCGAUGGAGAUGUGAAGUCGCAAAGAAAUAUGCAGGCGAGGAGAGUGCAGAAAUAUGUCGAGACACUCGACGUGCUGAAGAUCAAGAACUCGAUUCCUAACGGCGAUGGAGGCGAAACCCAGAUGAAAGCUCGGAAGCAGAGAUUGGAUCCGAUCCAAGAACUCGAUGCAAAGCCGAGACAGGAGACAACAGCUCGGGAGCCGAUAUUAUCGCUCAUUGACAUGCCUAUUUACGAAAACAAGAAGCAAGAGAUUCAAGAACAAGAGGCAUUUCAGCAGAAGCAGAAGCCGAGGAACUCCAAUUCGGGUUCGGGUUUGGGGCCAUUUUCGGUGACGACCGCGAAAUGGGAGACGUUUGAUGGUAGGGCGCCUCAAACGUCAUCCGCAUUAUCGAACACUGCCACAGGUCAUGCCGUACCGGCAAGGUUCAACUGGGAAUUCUUCGACUGAAUUCCCGAUCCCUGAAACGUUUCCCUUCCGUUUUUAUUUCUCGUGUGGAUGUGUUUGUCGUGUCUGUUCCCCUCUCUUUCAUUCUUUCGAUGUACUUAGAUUCUUGUCGGUGUCAGAUCCUCAUCCUUUUUUUUUACGUUGUUUUUCGAUCUGGUGGAAGCCGGGAAAUAAACAGAUAGUGAUGGUUACCGAAUGGUGAGAUUCAUGUGUUUUGAUUCUUGUAAGCGUCUCGUUACAUUGUUACACCAAAAAAACAAAUCAGUGUUUACAUUCUUAUACAA